GGCCAUGGCGGAGCGGCGCAGCGCAGCAGCCGAGGGUUUGGGCCGCCUCUCCGAGUGGGCGGACGCGCACCUCAGCCUCGUGCGGAGUCUCAGUGCCGGAGUGGCGGUGGCCGGGCUGCUGGUGUUGGCCAGGAGCGUGCGCCUGACAACAAAGUUUACAAAUGCUUUGGAUAUACCUGCAGGGUUUAUAGAAAAGAAUGUGAAAUUGCGAGGAAAAGUGCAUCGUGUCACUGAGAAGGGUCUGUCAGUCGAGCACAUUCCCAUCAGCGUUCCUUUCAUUACCUCAAUACAGAGAAAGUGGCAGCCCGAGGGGCUCUUGCUGGUGAGACUGGCCGGCGUGGAGCUGACCCCCGAGGGCACGGCGUGGCUUCAGAGGGAGCUGAAACCCCUACAAGUGAUCUGGUUCCAGCUUCUCGGGAGGGAGCACUUGGCACUCGAGUGCCUUGUUUUAGUAAAUAAGGGCCGAUUUUCCAGCGUGUGCUUAAAUGAAGAGGUCCUGAGAGAAGGGCUUGGAAGAGCUGCGAGCAUAGAAGGACUGCAGCACGAUUCUCACCUGUUCUGGGAGCUGCACAAAAGACUUCUUCGAGCGGAGCUGAAAGCCUUGAGGAAAAAUAAGGGGAUAUGGAAAGAAGAAAGCUUCUCUGAAAGAAUUAGAGGUCAUAUAAGCAACAGUAAACUCAUGUGGACAUUGAAACGUUUUGUGAGCUGGUUGAGAAACUAAGUUUAAGGAUGGGAUGGGAGGCUGACUGGAAGCAGGGCAGUUAUGUAUUACAUGCUUGUGUAAAGUGUAAGUUAAUGCUAACAAGUGCCAGCACUUGGGGUUCCUUGUCUUGAGCAGAAAACCCAAGAACUGCAAAGUGCUUUCUAAUUUAAUCUGUAUGGGACUGAAGUGUAGUGAUAUUAGGCAGGGCAAGAAUGGAAGUAUUGUUAAGCUGAGCUGUUCCUCAGAUCCUAACUGCCAUGUCCUGUUCCUGCUGGGUACCCACAGCUGCGAGCAGCAGUGACGUUUUCCUGAUGGUUCUAGAAAUGCCUACAUGGGAUGGAAUAAACCUUCUGGAAUUGGAAAAAGGGGACCAGAGCACACCGAGGACUUGUUUUGUUUUCCAGAGUGGUGUGAAGUGUCUGCCAGGUGUAUGUUUGUAAAUUUUCCAGAAUAAAGAUUGAAUUUCUUA